CGCUUAAUGUGCCAAAAAUACUAUCCCUCGGUGUUAAAACACCUUAAGUGCACUAAGGCACCAACAUACGAUUUAGUCCUCGUGUACGUAGACACCUACAUAGCUCUUUUCCCAUGCUUAUAGCAUCAAUAAAAAAUUAUAUGAACCAUAAUAAAAUUCCCUUUAAAUAUUCCAAAUUAAAUUAAACAUUUAGUUUAAUUAAACAUGUUUUCUAUCAUGUUAUAAAUAAAAGUGUGGUUCAUAUUCAACAUGUUUAACGAUUAUUUCCAAAUCAAUAAUCCAUCACAAAUAAAUCAUGCUUCAUAAUUCAAUCAUCAAUAAUAACCGAAUCACAAUUUCCAAUCAUAAUCUAGCAUAAUACUACUUGGAAUUAAUUAAUCACAUCUAGCAUGCUACUACAUCAUCAAAAAUAUGCUAAGUACGCGGACGUAUCUUGAAUUUGAUCUUAAUACCGCCACGACUAAUAGAAAUCACUCACUUCAAAGUCUCCUAUAAAUUAAGAUCAUAAUAGAACAUUAAAAUCCAAUCUACACAAAAUUUCAACAAUAAACACUUUUAUUAAACCACUCAAUAUAAUCUAAUUAAAACAAGCUAAAUUUUUUUUUAUUUAAAACCUCAUACUUUAGUUCCAAUUAAUGGGUAAUUAAAAUUCUGUAAAGAAACUUGAUUUUUAGCAUAUUACCAAAAAUUCCAGCAAUAUAUAUUAAUAAAAACUUGCUGUAAUUAUGCUUUAAAACUCUUAAAUUAAAGGUUUAAACCACCCAAAAUCAUAAUCCUUCGAUAAUCAAUUAUUUAUGAAUCUAGGGUUUCAAAAUUUGGGCUUUUAAAUUAGAAUUAAAAUAUGAAAAUUGAUUUGCACCAUACAUAAUAUCAAUCAUCAUAAAAUUAACACAAAACCCAUAAUCUAUAAUUAGAUCAAAGGUUUAAACAAAAAUAAAAACAAAAUAUUAUUUUUUAUUUUUUCCAAGAAUAGGGUGGCCGGCACCACAGCCGGCUGCUGCCAGCCUGCUGGUGGCGCCGCCGCUGCUACCGGCUGCCACCGGCAGGGUAUUAAAAUGCGGUCGUUACGUCGCGAUGUGGCUGUUCCGUAGGGAAUUCAAUUCUAUCGAAACGAAUUUAUACGUUUUGUAACGGGUUAUUGAAAUACUCCGUUAUGUCGCCCCGUACCGUCCAAGUCAAGCGAUACUUUAGUAAUUCGUCCAUUUUUAGCGCAUUUUCAUGCUUUUUUAGUUUUUUUUCAGAGAUUCUCUACUACUUUCUUCACAUCAAUAAUGGCACAAGUUUUUGGUCCACUACUUAACAAUUAUUGAAGGUUUUUUUUACCAGAAGACAGAGAAGAUCAUUUCACAAUUUCAGAGCACAAAAAAAAAAUCCCAAAAAUUCCAAAAAAAUAAGAAAAAUAAAAAAAUUAAGUAACUUACCAGAUCUGAAGAACCUCGAAAAGAUGGCUGGUGAAGAGGACUCGUCGUAGCGGCGGCGCGGUGCAGAGGUGUUCAGCGUUCUCCCACGUUCAGCCGAAAAGUACGACUUCAGCACUUAAGCCAUUCUUCAGUACUUUGCUUCAAACUAAUGGCACCAAGAGAUGAAGAUAUUGUGUGGAGAUUUGGCAAAGCAAUUGACGGCAACAAACGUAAAAUAAAAUGUAAUAUUGUAAUAAAACAAUUAAUGGAGGAAUAACAAGAUUAAAACUACAUUUAGCUCACAAGAAAGGUGAUGUUGCUCCAUGUGAAAGUGUGUCGGCAAAUGUAAAAAGAGAUAUGAUGGCAAUGUUAAUGGAUUAUAAAGAUAAGAAAAAAGACAAACAAAGAAUUGAUAUGGAGGUUAAGAAUGAAUUAUGAAGAUCAAUACGUGAUGAUGAUAUGAUCCAGAAAUGGAAUUUGCUCGACGACAAAGUAGAAUGCAACAUGAGUUUGACUAUCACCGUGAUGUAUAUAGUAGAGGUAGAGGUGGAUACUACAAUGAUGGAGGUAGUAGCCAUCCUCCACAAUUGAAUCGAUCAACAUCAGUUCAAGAUAGAAAUCUAGCGAUUCAACAACCUUCAAAUCCGACUACAAGAUUGAGAGCUCGUGAAAUAGAAUUUGAAAAAGAUUGCUCAAAGAAAAAACAAAUGAGACUUGGCACUGGUUGGCUAAAGAAAGCAAAAAAGGAACUUACAAAAGCAUUUGGGAAUUGGAUGCUUGAUACAAAUCAAUCUUUCAGAGCAAUUGAGUCUCCAUACACAAACCCACUUAUGGAGACAAUACGAGAAUGUCCUAAUGUUCGAGCACCUACAACAUAUGAUAUUACUGAGGUAUACCUUCCGGAACAGUGCAAGGAAAUGAAGGAAUACAUCAAAACCUUCGAGCCAACUUGGAAUGAAAGAGGUGUCACUAUAAUGUGCGAUCACUAGUAGAAAAUAUCAAAAUAGCACCCCCUAAUUGGCACCGGUUCAGUCCAAACCGAUGCCAAAAAUAGCCUACAAAAUUGGUGGGAAGCUAAACCACAGUAAAAGGCACCGGUUCAUUUCAAACCGGUGCCAAAAACAUAAAGACCACCGUUUUGAACUGGUGCCUUUUUGAACCGGAGCCAUUAAAUAUUAAAAAAAAA